GUUCUGCCAUGACAGUUUGAAUAUGGCUGCCCUUCAUGUACCGAAAUAUGAUACGUCACUAAUAUUUUUUUAAAUCGAGAUUUAAACGCAAUUUAGUAACUUUUCACGCUAUUCAAUAUGUUUUCGUGACUCUCAGUGAUACAUUUUUCAACAAUCACAUAUUUUAUUUCAGUGUCAAUUUUUAAAUCAUUUUUAUUAUUAUGUACCACGAACUUUAACCUGACUUGAUCGUAUGUUUUCGCUAUGAUUUUUAGGACUUGUAUAUAUUUGUUUAUAUCUUGAAGCAUACGUGGCAAAUAUAAAAUUUUGUUGACGCCUUCUUCAUUUUUUCAAAAUGGAUACUGAAUUUAAAAAGUGCUUGGAUUCUUUGAGUGACAAUGAGAGUGAAAUUCGUUCGGAUGCACUGCGGAUACUUUUACGUCUCUGCGACAACAUUAUAUCGUUUCCGAACGAUCACAAUUAUCGUCGCAUCCGAGUUGAUGAUCCAAGGAUUGCUGACAAGUUAUUAAGAGCUUUUGGAGCCAUAGAGUGCCUAUUUGAAAUGGGUUUUGUUGAGGAUGGAGAAUAUUUUUCUUUACCGCCUGAUGCUUCGUUAUCUAGACUGAGACAGAUUCAAAAAGCAUUACAUGGCCUGCAAACUAAAAUACAAUCAAUUGGCAGUGCAAGUGAGAACAUUCCUCAGAAAGAGAAAAAACCUAAAAUGAAACACAGAGACAAAUUUCUCAACAGCGUUGUUGACAGAUUCAAGCACAUACUCAUUUAUGAGAACCCUCAUUUGCAGAGUAAAGCAAGACGUGUUGUACCAUUGGAAAAAUUACAAAUAGGAGCAAUGGAAAGAAUGAGGGAAUUACAGAAACAAAUGAAAAAGAAUAAAUUAGAGCAAAACUCUAGUCCCCUUCCUGAACAUCAAGUUACUAUGGAAGAUUUCCUCCUUGUUGAACUUCUUGAUUGGUUUAAAAAUCAAUUCUUCACUUGGGUCGACAGCCCCACCUGCAGUGUUUGUGACAAGGGAUGUGUUUACGAACGUGUCGAACUUUCCACAGAUCCACGAAUUUCUAGAACAGAAAUACACAAAUGCGAGGAUUGUGGUUUAGAAGCAAAAUUUCCACGGUACACUGAUCCAGGAAUCCUGUUAAAAACACGACGCGGCCGUUGCGGAGAAUGGGCAAAUGUAUUUACCCUCAUAUGUCGAACUUUGAACUUUGAUGCGAGAGUAGUUCACGAUGAGACCGAUCACGUAUGGACGGAGGUUUGGUCGAUAGCGUGCAAUAGGUGGAUUCACGCAGAUCCAUGCGAGAAUGUAAUGGAUCGUCCAUUGCUGUACGAACGAGGCUGGAAGAAAAAGUUGACUUACGUGAUUGCGUAUUCCAAGGACGAAGUCCAAGAUGUAACUUGGCGAUACACGCGUGAUCAAGCGUCUAUCAUGAAGCGGCGAAUACUUUGCUCAGAAAAUGAUUUAUGCUCGCUUAUUUGCAAACUCAAUGACGAGAGGCAAAAUUCGUUGGGUUACAGCAAAGCGAGAAAACAAUUUGUGACGAAGAGAAGAGCAAUGGAGCUCGUAGAAUUCAUGCCAGCACCGCCGGGAUCGAAGAAACCAUGCGAAGAUGGUGAUGCGGAAUACGGAGGACGAACUUCCGGUUCAUUGGCGUGGAGAAUGUCACGUGGCGAGAUGAAGCAGGAUCUUCCGAAGGAACCACAAAUUUGGAAAAUUCCACGUGACGCAAAGCAAUUUGUAAUUCGUUAUUACUCAGCGAGAGACGAGUACGAGACGUCGAUGGAUUCUGAUAAAAGUGUGGAAAGAAGGAAAGGUUGGGAGAACGGUGUGGAAUCAAUUAAAGGUGGAAUAUUUCGUAAAGUCGAAAGCGAUUGGAAAAUGGCAUAUCUCGCUCGGUCACCUGGUCAAGACGAAGGACGUUUAUCGUGGUGCUUCGAAUUGCUUCAAUCUGAACAACGUAUCAAAUCUUUUGCAAUGGAAGCCCAGUGUACGACUUUCAAUGGUGCAAUGGUGAAAUGGGAAGUUCAGGGGUCGCACAGGGAUCCAACUAAGCCGGAUGUUUUCAUAUCUAUUGAUGAUUGCCAAAAUUUUCGAUCUGAAGACUUGAAUAAUUCGUCGAGAAUCACGAUAAUUGCCAAACUCUCCGGAGGUGAAGGCGAUCUAGCUUGGCAGCAUGCACAAUUGUUUCGACAAAGUUUGACGAACGAAGAUUCAGCAUCCAUCGUUAUAUCGAUGGAAUUGUGUAAUGAAAUAUUUUAAAAAUUACUAUCUUCCAAGUAGGAAUUCAAAUACCUACCAAAUACUGAUAUACUACGAUAAAUUGAAAGAAAAAACUAUAAUCAAUAUGCCGGUAAUACAGUCAUAUAAAAACUCGAAAGGAAUAAAUUUAAAUAAAUAUUAAGGACGUUUCGGUUAGUGUUACGGAACGACCAUUUGUUUAACAGGCCACCCUUUUUGUUACCAGUCAUGUUCAGUUUCAGAGUACAAAUUUUUUGAUAAGUGUGAAAAUCUGUAUUUCGAAUACUUCGGAAUAAAACUACUUUCGAACA